UAAAAUUUUUACUUUUACUAAUUGCUGUAUUUAGUUCUUACACAAUAUUUUUGUUUUGAUAAUUGGUAGCUUAGAGUGUUCUUACUGUGGGUAGCAGUUAAGAAACAAACACAUACAUAUGUAUUUGAUGCAAUAGUCGAGUAUGAACGGGAAACAUUUUCUUACAAAUAAACAUCUUUAAAAAUGUUACGAGUUAAUAGCCUAGUUUACUUGCAAAUGAGAUUGAAAAGUCAACGAUGGGCAUUCAAAGGAAAAAAAACGAAUACUCAGCGAGCUCUAGAAAGUUUCGAUGACUUUUAUGGAUCAGUUUUUGGUAUUCGUUGGAAAAACAUUAGAGCAGCGUUAUUAACAGAGCAUAAAUAUAUAGCUGUAGUAAAUAACUUUGGAGAUGCAGAUAAAACUUGCAAUGGAAUGGAAUUAAACGGGGCUUUAAAUAUAAAAUCUCUAAUAAAAGUAGUAGAAGACCGCCUUGGACGCAAUAACAAGCUGUCGAUAAAUGGUUCAAAUAAUACGCUAGAUGAAAACCUAUUCAAAGUACUAUGUCGACAAGAAGAACGUGAAAAACAGUCGUUAUAUCCUAUGAGUUCAAUGGCAGAAACAUCCGUUCAGCUGCAGUACAGUGCAGGCAACACGACGGAAUUUAAAAGUAAUUCAGAAAAUGGAGAGAAUCAAAAAUUUAUAGAAAGUCUUGAAAUGGCGAUUGAAAAUAAUACUCAAUUAGCCAAUAGCCGAUUAAUAGAUCCACAGUAUGGGACAGGGGGCUUAUAUGAGUUUAUGCCGGCAAACAAAAUAAAAGGGAUGGAAGAUUGGAUACCUGAAUCAGAUCAUUAUAAAUACUAUUCUACACAUACUGAUUUUCCUUUAAAAUUUGAGUUGGAAACGGAGUUCUAUUAUCCAGAUAAUCUUAAAUUAUACACCUACGAGAUAGGAAAUUGUUCCGAAUUCAUUACGCCACAAAAAUGUUUAACAGGUGCACUCUCACAUUAUCUAUUAGAUGGUGCAUCAGUGCUGCCACCAUUAUUUUUAGACAUUAAAGAAGGUGAUCGCGUAUUGGACGCUUGUGCCGCACCAGGUGGAAAAUCGCUCAUAAUGCUACAAACACUUUUCCCAGACACCUUGGUAUGUAAUGACAUACAAGAAUCGCGUCUCAACCGAAUUCGUAAAGUAAUGCAAGAGUACAUAUUUGACUAUAAAGAGAAAUGGGAAAAUAAACGAAUACUUUUCAAUCAAUGUGAUGCAAAAUAUAUGGAUAAUUAUGAGAGCUUUGAUAAGAUUCUGGUAGAUGUACCAUGUACUACAGACCGCCAUUCUGUGACCGUAAAUGACAACAAUAUAUUUAAAUCGACUCGUAUAAAAGAACGACUACGGAUUCCUGAACUACAAGCUGACAUCCUCGCGAAUUGUUUACGACUACUAAAACCAGGUGGCAGUUUAAUUUAUUCAACAUGUUCACUUUCACCUGUGCAGAACGAUGGAGUUGUACAUAUGGCGCUACAGAAGGCUUUUAACGAAAAUGGUAUAACCGCUACAGUUAAAGAUCUAAGUUACAUAAUUAUGUUCUUCGAGGACAUAUUUAAAUUCGAAAACAAUAAGGUUCUAAAGUAUGGACAAAUGGUGCUCCCCUAUUUGCCAGCUAACUAUGGCCCAAUGUAUUUCUGUAAAUUAAUGAGAAAUAUGUAAUUUGACAAAAAUAGGAUAUAUUUCUUGCAUAAGUUAAGUUAAUUAUAUUGUAAUUUAAGUAAAUUUAUGUAAAUUACAAUUAGA